UUUUUGCCAGUUCGCUCGGCGGUUACAGGCGGCGGCGUUUUUUCGAGAAGCCGUUUUGUAGAAAACUUUACACAAUUUUUGCUACCUAACACUCACCGUUUACAUUUUUGUUACGAACAGAACAUCCUCGUUGUUGCCGACAUCCUCACGUCAAACGACGACAUGGAGAUCUUAAGGCGCUCGUUCGCCUGAGACACAGAAAGACAGGUUCACCCUCCCACGAUGGCGGGCGAGCGGGAUGGCAAGCAAGACCUUGAGCGAGUCGGCGAGCCGGAUGGUGAGCGAGACAGUGAGGAAGACAGCGCUCUGCUCGACUCGCUGCAACUCCCCCAAGAGAGCGUCAAGGAAUGGCAGGCGCGACGGCGAUUCCUGGCGCAGAACCUCGAGCGAUUCCGCGGCGACGAUCUGGAUCGGCUCAUCUCCCUCUCCAUGGUUUGGGUGAACCACAUCUUCCUGGGGUGCAGAUACAAGUCGGAGCUGAUGAAGAAGGUGACUGAGAUGGCGAAGGGAAUUGAAGUUGACCAACGCCCUAAGUUCAAUGUUCUCGGUCAGCCUAUCUCCGCGCUUAAACGACCCGCCGAAGAACCGGCAUCUGGCGGCGGCGGCGGCAACUCGGAGCCAAGCGACUCGGCCACGUCGGAAAAAAGAGCGAGGUUGGCAUCGGUCGAGUCGGCCACCGGCGGUGCCGGCACCGACGGCGAGAAAUCCACCGCGGCGCCGCAAGCGACGUAUCGGCCGCGCUUCGAGCCCAUUCAGUUUGUCCGUUCGCAGAAGCCCGCCGGUGCCGGGCCUUCCAACAACGUCGGUGACGACGGUGGAUGUAAACCUGGGGUAGGCAAUGUUGGCGACGGUUUUGGAGGAAAUUCUGGAGGCGCUGGAGGUGGAGGCGUUGGAGGAAGUGUCGGAGGUGUGGGAGCUCAGCAGUCGUCGGUUAAUUCCACGAGCGAUCUGCGAUCUCAGCUGGAGAACCAGCUGCAGGAGCACCUGCAGGCGAUGGUGCAGGCACAGCUGCAGGUGCAUCAGAGUGGCACGGGAAACAAGGCUGCGGCAGAAAAUCAGGCGCAAGCUGAGGAGCGUCUCCGCGCGCAAUUCGAGAAGAUGGUGGAGACUCAGUUGCGCACCGACCCGUCGGGAGUGGGGCUCCUCGUGUCCAUCUUACAAGGCGCCGUCACCCAAGGCCAGACGCAGCCGCAGCAACAGCCGCCGCAGCUGCAUCAACAGAAGCAGCAUGGAACGACGUCUGCUGCUUCGCCUCCGAAACCAUCGGCUGCAGCAGGGAGCGAGCAGGCCACAGUCCAAAAGUCGUCGACGCUGUCGGACUACGCAGCCCAGCUGCAAGCCGACUAUCGCCAGCGCUUCAAGCCAGCCGGCACCACCGGGGCAUCGCCCAGAAUGCAGCAACCGAGGCCAGGCGGCAGCAGAGGGCCCGCUCUGCCGCUGUCGCUCAGUUUGUUGCAGCAGCAGCAGCAGCAGGCUCUGAAGCAGCAACAGCAACAGCAGGCUCUGAAGCAGCAGCAAGCACUGCAUCUGCAAGCUCUGAAGCAGCAGCAGCAGCAGCUGCAGCAAGCUUUGAAGCAGCAGCCGCAGCAACAAGCUGUGAAACAGGAGCCGCAGCAGCAACCUCUGGACCAGGAGCAACAGCAGCUGCAGCAAGCUUUGAAGCAGCAGCAGCAGCAACAAGCUGUGAAGCAGGAGCCGCAGCAGCUGCAGCAAACUCUGAAGCAGCAGCAGCAGAAGCAACAAGCUGUGAAACAGGAGCCGCAGCAGCAAGCUGUGAAUCUGCGGCAGUCGCCGUUCAGUAGCAGCAUAAUCGCGGGGAAGCAGGCGAUCUUCACACGGCUACACAAGGUGGUGACGCUGAUGCUGAAAAAGGAGGGCGGCUUCAGGAAUGAUCUCAACUUCAGCAAGCUCCUGACGGCCGCCACGCAGGCUUCGCGCUGCAACCCCGAGUACACGUACGUGGAGAUGUCGAGGCUGGCGCCGGCCGAUCUGCCCGCGGGGCAACAUCUAUCCACCCAGGGCUACGCCUGCGAGCUGCGCUGCAGCCACGUCUACCUGGCAACCGGCUUUUGGGUCGGCAAGAACGGCGCUCGCGACCGCGCCACCCAGCGCGCGCUGAGCCUCUUUCUGCACGACUCGGUGUACGUGCAGCAGUUUGUGCGGCGCCGCAGCAGCGUCUUGCUUCACCGCGGCAAAAACGGCGCAAACCCGGGGCUCGGCUCCGCCGAAGACGACUCGGUCAUGCACGACCUCGUCCUCAACGACCGCGCGGAGCCGCCCAGAACGGACGUGCUGCCGGCACUCACCGACUCCUUGGGGGACCCCACUCAGGACAGCUGGAACGCGGUGGCGGUGACGUCGCCGGCACCACCGGUGGCGCCGGUGAGGGCGGCGCCGGUGAAGGCGGCACCGGUGGUGAAACAGCCGCUCCUGUCACAACCUUCGAAGCAACAGCAGGCGGAGUCGCAGUCGCCGUUCGACAAGAUCAAGAUUCAACCGAGGCAGAUUAUCUUCACACGAUUGCACAAGGUGGUGAAGCGGAUUCUGCACGAGGAGGGCGGCUUCAGGAGCGAGCUCAACUUCAGCAAGCUCUUCACGGCCGCCGCGCAGGAGUCGGGCUGCAACCCCGAGUACACGUACGUGGAGCUGUCGAGGCUGGCGCCCGCCGACCUGCCCAAGGACCGUCAGCUGCCCACCCAGGGCUACGCCUGCGAGCUGCGCUGCCGCCUCAUCUACCUCGCCACCGGCUACUCAGGCAGCAAGAACGGCGCCCGCGACCGCGCCACCCAGCGGGCGCUGAGCCUCUUCCUGCGCGACUCGGUGCACGUGCAGCAGGUCACGCGGCACCGCAGCAGCGUCUUGCUUCGGCGCGGCGGCGGUGGCAACAACGGCGCCGCGCCCAGCGCCAACCCGGGCUUCGGCUCGGUCGAGCACGACGCCGCCAUGCACGACCUCGUCCUCAACGACCGCUCGGAGCCGGCCAGGCCGGACCUGCCGCCGGCGCUCUCGGACCCCUUCUGCGACCCCGCUCCCAAGAGCCGGAACGUUCCGGCGGCGGCAGCGCCGCCGAAGCAAUUGACGAUGCAUCAGCAGCGCUGCGGCGGGCAGUGGCACGGACGCGGAUCGACGCUGCGCGAGUUCGUGGUGUUGGACAACGCCGAUAAUCCCGUGUGCGUGCUCAACAACUCGGCGCAGUUCAACCGCACCGACGUAGAGUUCCGCUUCGAGCCGCUGCAGAUGGAUUCGAGCGGCGUGUUCCACUGGUGCUGCUCGCUCUACAUCGGCGGCGAUUUCGUCACCAGCGCCGUGGGGCCCAAGAAGGCGGUGAAGCAAACCGUGGCCGAGCAGGGCCUAGAAUUCCUGCGCCAGACCCGCCCCACCAUCACGCCGACGGCCAACGGCAACGCCGGCAACGUCGCCCAGGGGCCGACGGUGUCGCGCCGCGACAUCCUGCGACGCGGCGGCGGCGAGCGUCUGUCGGAGGACAACGUGGGCAGCCAGCUGAUGCGCAAGAUGGGUUGGACGGGAGGCGGGAUCGGCGCGGCCGGGCGCGAGGGGAUCUCGGAACCCAUUACCGUGCACCAGCGCAUGGCGCGCGAGGGGCUCGGCACGAGCCAGGGCAGCGCGGUGACGGCGCGCAGCGUGGAGGAGGUGAUCCGGGAGUACGCCGUGUCGUCCCGGCAAGACGAGCUCACCUUCUCGUCGGAGCUGACGCUUGACGAACGCAAGUGCGUGCACCUUGUGGCCGCGCGCUACAACCUGCGCAGCAAGAGCUACUGGCGGGACGGCCGGCGCCACCUGGUUCUGCGUCGGCGCAUGCAUCGCGACGACAUAAUGCGCGAGCUGGAGCGCGACGGGCAGGUCGGCCGAUACAUCCUGCACCAGCCGGGGCCGACGAUGAAGCACAGCUGAGGCUCGGGGGACUCGGAGAUCCGCUCGCCGUGUUGGGAGUGAUGAAUUUUAACGAGCGUUCCGUUGGGAGGAAAACCCGGAGUGCGUGCCGGAGAAAAACUUUUGACUCUUGUGGGCGUAACAACACUCGGCGGUUGUUGGAGACGGGUAUCGCGAACCCGCUUGCUGUACUGAUAUCUCAUUACCUAGAGGAAUGUUAAAAUUGCUAUAACUGAUAUGGUAAAACAAAGGGGGUCUGUCGCUUCCUGUCGAAAGUAAAAUAAAGUAACGUGUCCAGCAGCCUGA